GAACAAUAGGUGCUUGUAAAGCGGGAUUAAUUGGAAAUAAUUGAGCUGCUGGAGACUGUCGUCCCAGUAGUGUCCAUCCUCAGCAUUCUUUCGGCCUUUCACGUAUCAGACAUCACCAUCUCUUGCAAGUCAAUGACAAAACCAAGGCCUCGCUACGGUAGCUGCCAGAUGGCAAUAUCCCUUUAUGAACUGGCGGCCGUUUUAGCAUGGCAGCUGCUGUUGUUGGCGCCAUCCAUCCACGCGUACACUGCGCCAGAAGAACUGGCUGCCCUCAUCGCCCUCCGCGACGCCAACAUCAACAAGAGCCGCUCCUGGGCGCGCACGCUGUCUCACUGGACCUGCCCCACCGAGCCCGCCGACUCCGACCAGCCCUGCGACCCCUGCUCCAAGGACUGGAGCGGCAACUGGGAGUUCAUCCACUGCAGGGGCUCCGCGGGACCGUACGGAGAGGGCUCCAAGGGCGACUACAACGGCUACGUCACCAACGUCCACAUCACCGAC